AAAGCUGGCCGCGCCGCUCCUCGCCGGUCGCCACCCCCUGCCUGCCGGUCGGAGACCCAUCGCCUCCGUGCAGCACCACGACUCCCCUGCAUCGCCGACACGUGGACGCAUGACCGCCCCAGCUCAACCGGAGCAGAGCAGACCCCGCUCGCUCCCUCCCUCCGUCGUCCCUCCCUCCGCGGACUCCGCUCAGCACGCAAAUGCCCAACGCCACGAUAAUUAGCAAGUUCAACCUCCACCAUGGCUCUCUCUCUCUCUUCCCCUCUCCUCCCCUCAACUUCUCUUCUCUUCCCUUCCGCCGUUUCAGCUUGCGCAGCCCGCUGUGCAAAAACACGCGCGCUCGCUCUCUCUCGGGCGCGUCCUUCCUGCCUCCGAUGCGGUAUCAUUUGGAUAAUUCCAUGAAGUGAUUUACAUUGCAAAGGAUGUAUUCUCCAGGAUAAUGAUAAUUUAGCUCCUGGUUCACCUUGUUGUGGUGUUCUUUUUCUCGUUGCUCAUACAAUGGGGAAACAUUCUGCUGAAUCUGGCACUAGUAUGCUCCUGCAUGGAGACUUGGACAUACAGAUAGUGGAAGCAAAAUGUCUUCCCAACAUGGAUCUCAUGACUGAAAGGAUGAGGAAAUGCUUCACUGGCUAUGGUGCCUGUAGGACUGACUGCGGGAAUUCUGAUCCACAUCCAGACGUGAGGAAGAUUAUCACUAGUGAUCCAUAUGUUUCCGUUUGCCUCUCAGGGGCAACAGUGGCACAAACUCGAGUCAUAUCGAACUCAGAGAAUCCUAAAUGGGACGAACACUUCUGUUUUCAGGUUGCUCAUUCAGUUAGCAGACUUGAGUUUCAUGUAAAGGACAAUGAUGUCUUUGGGGCAGAACUUAUUGGUGUUGCUUCAAUACCAGUCGAACAGAUAGCACCAGGAGAUGUGGUCACUGGUUGGUUUCCAAUCUCUGGUCACUAUAAUAACCCGAAGACAUCUCCUGAACUGCAUUUGUCAAUCCAGUAUAAGCCAUUUGAGCAGAAUCCAUUGUACAAGGAUGGAGUUUUUGCUGACAGUUUUGAGAAUGCCGGUGUGCCAAAUGCUUAUUUCCCUCUUCGAAAGGGUGGUAAGGUCACUCUAUAUCAAGAUGCGCAUGUUUCUGAUGAUUUUCGUCCUAACAUUGAAAUUGAUGGUGAGAGGAUAUAUGAACAAAACAAAUGCUGGGAAGACAUUUGCCAUGCCAUUGUUGAGGCUCAUCACCUUAUUUACAUGAUUGGCUGGUCUUUAUAUCACCCUAUCAAGCUUCUAAGGGAAUCGGCAAAACCUUUGCCUAAUGGAGUCCCAGAGACUAUUGGGGAGAUUUUGAAGAGCAAGGUUCAAGAGGGAGUCCGUGUUAUCGUGUUGCUUUGGGAUGACAAAACAUCGCAUGACAAAUUUCUCUUGAAAACGGAUGGACUCAUGCAUACACAUGACGAGGAAGCUCGGAAGUUUUUCAGGCAUUCAGGUGUCCACUGUGUGUUAUCUCCUCGCUACGCUAGCAACAAAAUGAGCAUUUUCAAGCAGCAGGUUGUAGGAACUUUAUUUACACACCAUCAGAAAUGUGUCAUUGUAGACACACAAGCCACAGGAAACAAUAGGAAAAUAACAGCUUUUAUUGGUGGCCUUGACUUGUGUGACGGCAGAUAUGAUACACCGGAACACAGGCUUUUCAAGGAUCUUAAUACGGUCUUCAAGGAUGAUUUCCAUAAUCCCACAUUCCAAGUGAAUAAGUCUGAUGGACCGAGACAGCCAUGGCAUGAUUUACAUUGCAAGAUUGAGGGUCCAGCUGCAUAUGAUAUACUUACAAACUUUGAACAGAGAUGGAGAAAAUCCGCAAAAUGGAAAGUCAGUGUUAGAAGAGCUGUGAGUUGGCAUCAUGAUACCUUGGUCAAAAUAAACCGUAUGUCUUGGAUUGUUUCGCCCUCUGCAGAUGAGUUAAAUGCACAUGUUUGUGAUGAAAAGGACCCAGAAAACUGGCAUGUACAGAUUUUUCAAUCCAUUGAUUCAGGAUCCGUGAAGGGAUUCCCUAAACUUGUUCAAGAAGCCGAGUCGCAGAAUCUUGUGUGUGCAAAGAAUCUUCAGAUAGACAAGAGUAUACACAAUGCAUAUGUAAAAGCCAUCAGAUGCGCACAACACUUUAUCUACAUCGAAAACCAGUAUUUUGUUGGAUCUUCAUACUAUUGGUCUUCACACAGAAAUGCAGGUGCAGAGAACCUAAUACCAAUUGAGUUGGCCAUAAAGAUUGCUAGGAAGAUCAAGGCAAGGGAGCCAUUUGCAGCAUACAUUGUUAUACCAAUGUGGCCUGAAGGCAAUCCGACAACUGCUGCUAUGCAGGAGAUCCUCUUUUGGCAGGGACAAACCAUGUCCAUGAUGUACAAGAUCAUCGCCGACGCUCUCCGAAAGGAAGGGUUAGAUGAUGCCCAUCCACAGGAUUACCUCAACUUCUACUGCCUUGGUAAGCGAGAAAUUUCAAGUGAGGUUCCUGCGCCAAGCCAUUCUAGCCAUUCUAAUGAGAACUCUCCUAUGCGUCUUGCUCAGAAGUUCAAGAGGUUCAUGAUUUAUGUGCACUCUAAAGGGAUGAUCAUCGAUGACGAGUUUGUGCUCAUCGGCUCAGCAAAUAUAAACCAAAGGUCCAUGGAUGGCUUACGGGAUACCGAGAUUGCCAUGGGUGCCUUUCAACCUCACUACAGCUGGGCAGGAAGCAGCAGCCCUCCACGGGGACAGGUGUAUGGGUACCGGAUGUCGCUUUGGGCAGAGCACCUGGGCAUGCUGGAGGAGUGUUUCAAGCGGCCGCAGUCUGUGGAGUGCGUCCAGUUGGUGAACUGUAUGGCAGAGGAUAACUGGCAGUGCUAUGUCUCGCCGCAGAUGUCGGAGAUGAAGGGGCAUCUCAUGAAGUACCCCAUCAAGGUCGAGAGUGAUGGGCGGGUGGGACCACUGCCUGGAUAUGAGAACUUCCCAGAUGUUGGCGGCAAGGUGCUCGGCUCUCACUCCUCGCUUCCCAACGCACUGACAACGUAACAGUGCUGGAGCUUGAAGAAGCAGCAACAAGGUGUCAACUGAUAUUCAGAGGGAGCUGAAGCUGUUGGUCCGAAACCAUGAAUUACAGUAGUUGCAAGUGUUGCAUGUCCGUCUGACUUUUAGCAUUAACAAAAUGCAGCAGAGUUAGCGCUGCUUUGUAUUAAUUGAGUAGAGGAAGGGUUAGAUUUUCUGGGUUAGAUUUCCUUUCUUCGAUAACGAGAGGAAGGAAGGGUUACAAUUUAUUUCCAGAUGAAGAGAGGAAAGAAGGUUACAAUUUAUUUCCAGAUGAAGAAAGGAAGGAAUGGUUACAUGUACAAAGACCGGCAUAAAAGUAAAACAGUAGUGGCAGCUACUACUAAGGUUUGAUUCAGUUUACAGAAUGGCCGAAAGACAAACACUGAAUACAGCUAUAGGGACAGUUUGAUUUCAAGACGGAACACUGAAUACAGCAACAGAUCAGUUCAUUUGGUCCGUGUCAAAAUUUCCAUCGCAAAGGGACAGAUCUGGCUUGUACCCAUUCUGGAAUAAAUUUUGGAUAAUUAUUUCCAUCGCAA